UUUAACUCUCCUUUAACUCUCCAUUUAACUCUCCUUUAACUCUCCCUUUAACUCUCCAUUUAACUCUCCCUUUAACUCUCCCUUUAACUCGCGUCGCAGUGCCGCGUCUCCACCGUCGAUACAGUACGUACACAUCGUCAUGGAAACGGAAAUUGCCACUGAGGGGGGCGGGCCCACGGGCGAGGUGGGCGGCGCUUCGGGGAGCGGGGGAGGAGCUACAUCCGAGGUGGACGGUACCUCGCCGCCAUCCACUGCGCACGGAGUGGGCGGAGCAUCGGUGGAAGUGGGCGGGGCGUGCCCGCCAGGCCCCUCCCCCCUGGUGCUGGUGGAACUGGAUUGGCUGGACGGGUUGAUCUCAGCGCUGCACCUCGGCUCCUCCAGACUCCGGUGUGUCUCUGUGUCAGUGUCUCUCCGCUGGAUCGCCAUCGUCUCCUCUGGAGGUGUCGUCCACUUGUGCCAGCGAAGCCCCCUCAGCUACCGGCAUAGCCUGGCCCACCGGGAGGGAGCCGCUGUGCUCGUGAGCUGCUGUCCCCACGACGACCGAUACAUCGCCGUGGCAACCAGCGAGGGCUGUCUGUGUCUCUGGGAGACGCGUGGAGACAGCUGUCCGCGCCGUGUCCGUGUCUCGUGGCUGCACCGCGGCGCAGCCGUCUCUGCGAUGGCGUGGAAUAGCGUGGAGACACGGGGAGAGACGCGGGGAGAGACGCGGGGAGAGACACGGGGAGAGACACGGGGAGAGACGGAUGGCAGUGUGCGAGCGUCAUCCCAGCUGCGGUCGCUCCUCUUCCACCAACUCCUGCCUCUUGGGUGA